AGUGCGCGCUGGCUUUGGUUUGACACAAGAUGGUCCGUCCGGAAACUCCAAAAGGCUCACGUGGCUUUUCUAUCGCCCCUAUAAGAGGGCCACCCCCCUUUGCUCUUCCCCUUGCCUAUUACUCCCUCCGCCCCUCUGGGGCAGGACUUGAACUGUGAAGGUUUUGGUCAAAGCAACACGACUUAGAGAGGGUCCUGGCUAGGAGGGAGUUGGGUUGGAAGCCGCCAAGCUCUUGACAGUUACGUUGGGGCUGAGUGAAGAAGCAAGAGAGGGUCCGUCCACUUGUUGGAACAAACACUUAGUAAGGAAGGGAGGGGGCAGAUGGCUGACCCUUUUCAAGAACUUCCAGCGCAGCUAUUACGGGCCACAGGGCACUCCAGCUGCUUGGCUCUGACUCUGCUGGCCAAGUACAUUGUUGCUGUCACCUAGGGUCCAAGGUCGGAGUGGAAGACUGGGAGGGAGAAAACCCCGGCUCCUGCGCCUGCUCUCACCCACCCACAGUCAGCUCCGUCCCGUCCCGGGAUCGCAGCUGUGCCUGGCAUAAUUUCGGUUGCCAUGCCGCGUUCAUUCGGUACCCACCCAGCACAGCCAUCAGCUGCCGGGUCUAGCUUUCAGGCCUUGGACCAUAGCUCCUGCCUCCUAACCCUACCGCGCCAGACCACCACACUCAGUUCCUGACUCAGUUGCCUUAAUCCCCUCUCCUCUGAGGCAGGGAUUCCAGGUGCUGGCACCUUCCCCAAACUUCCUGCACUGGACCAACGAGAGCACCCUCUGGUUAAAGCAGUUGCCCUAAGGACUCCCGCUGGUCUCCUUGUCUUUCCUGAGGCAUCUUUCCUCUCUGCUCGCUCAGCCACCCUGCUCUCAUUGCCACGUCCCCUCGCUCUGCGCUCCCCUCUGGCGGGUAUGCUCCUUACACUCAGUCACUGCGGUCCAGGACCGAGGCUUCCCUCCCAAAUUUCAUUGUGGUACCAGAGGGUUGAGGGGGGAAGCCAAAUGUCAUUCAACUCCGACCAGUGGGUGCGGGGAGCAAUUGAUGCCCCUACCCCAAAUCUGAGCCCCGGCGCCUCGCGUUCUGACAGACCCCCCGACACUGUAGGGUGUGUUCUGGCCUCUGCCGCCGACCCUUCGGCCUGGUUCCUGGAAUCGCACCGGGGGAUGCGGACGGUUCCAGACUUAACGAGUCGGUUCCUUAUUUGAGCCAGCGCAGCCGGGUCCUCUCUUCACCAUAGGGCUGUAACUCGAGCCGUCCGCCGCCCAUCCCCUUCCCACUCCGCCCCAGCUCUGCGAUCCAGGUCCCUACGUCGCGCGGCCCCUUGUGGCCCUAACCCGACUGGAGUCUGCCAUGGGCUGCCGGGCCUGUCUCCGUCCGGAGGCGUCCGGCGCGGUACAGGGCCGCUGGUUGGGGGCUGCCCUGAGCGGGUUGUGCCUUCUCUCCGCGUUGGCGUUGCUGGAGUGGCUAGGGGCGCCGACCGAGACCGCCUGGAGGGCAGCUCAGGGAAAUGUAGAUGCGCCAAAUGUGGGCAGCUCCACUGCCCAGGUACCCAGACUGUUGACCAUGUCGGUAACCCGAAGACGCCGCUACACGCUGACACCGGCCAGGCUGCGCUGGGACCACUUCAACCUCACAUACAGGUGCCACCUGGACCAGCGAGGAGGGUGGUCAGGUCAUAACUCAGACACCAACACUGACUCUAACAUCACCGCCGCCCUCCACCACAGAGUUCUUUCCUUCCCCCGGAAUCUUUUAAGCCCGGAAGAGACGCGAAGGGGCCUGGCUGCUGCCUUUCGAAUGUGGAGUGAUGUUUCCCCAUUCAGUUUCCGUGAGGUGGCCCCUGAACGUCCCAGUGACCUCAAGAUAGGUUUCUACCCAGUCAACCACACCGACUGCUUGGUCUCUGCAGUGCACCACUGCUUUGAUGGUCCCACAGGUGAACUGGCCCACGCUUUCUUCCCACCCCACGGUGGCAUUCACUUUGAUGACAGCGAGUACUGGGUCUUGGGCCCCACACGCUACAGUUGGAAGAAAGGUGUUUGGCUCACAAACCUGGUGCACGUGGCAGCCCAUGAGAUUGGCCAUGCACUGGGCCUGAUGCACUCACAGCAAGAUCAGGCGCUCAUGCACCUCAAUGCCACAUUGCGAGGCUGGAAGGCACUGUCCCAGGAUGAACUGUGGGGGUUACACCGACUCUAUGGCUGCCUGGACCGGAUUUUUGUGUGUGCAUCCUGGGCACGAAAGGGAUUUUGUGAUGUCCGCCAGAGGCUCAUGAAGAGGCUCUGCCCCAGAAGCUGUGAUUUCUGUUAUGAAUUCCCAUUUCCCACGGUGGCCACCACCACAUCACCCACCAGAACGAAAACAAGGUUGGUGAGAGAGGGUAGGAACAUGACCUUCCACUGUGGACAGAAGAUCCUACACAAGAAAGGGAAAGUAUACUGGUACAAGGACCAGGAACCCCUGGAGUUCUCCUACCCUGGCUAUCUGGCCCUGGGUGAGGCACAGCUGAGCAUCAUUGCCAACGCAGUCAACGAAGGCACCUACACAUGUGUGGUACGCCGGCACCAGCGUGUUCUCAGCACCUACUCCUGGAGGGUCCGAGUGAGGAAUUGACACUGCUCAGAGCCUCUGUGCUGGAAGGCAGCAGAUAAAGCACUUUCUCUCUGA